AUGAAAUCUUACCCCUCUCAGACGCCUUCUAAUGGAUCAAGUUUCACUGAAGUUAUCCAUAGCGACACAUAUCCAUUCAUUGACUCUAAAACAAGGUCCAAUCUCACAAAUUGGGCAGUCUUUAUUACUGGAGGCAAUCGCGGCGUUGGCAAAGCAAUCACUUUAUCAUUUGCACGAGCCGGUGCAAAGUUCAUCGGGUUAGGGUGCAAUGACGGCUUUGGCAACACUAAGAAUGAGAUACAAAGCAUUGCGAAGAAUGCAAACCGUAUUGCACCUGAGGUGCACUGUCUACUGCUCGAUGUGACCGAUCGUGGAUCGGUUUCAGCUGCAGCAGCUCAAAUUUAG